CGCAGUUCGCAGCAAAAUCUGUUGACUCGCUAGGUAUGCGUUGAAACGUGUGCAACUCCUCCGCUUGCCAGGGGCAGUAUACGUUCGCCAUUUGUGAAUUGUUCGUGUUUGCAGUAAUAAACUGAAGUCGAAUACUUUGAAGUGAGUGUACGAGAGUUGAAAAUAUUCUACAACAAGAACUGAACCUGAUCAUAAGAGCCCUCAAGGUGCAAAAGGUGUCAAAAACUAUCGCCAUAAACAAAGCAAAGAUCUUUCUAUCGUAGUUUUUUAUUUGCUUUUGUGUGUUUGUGGCUGCACAAGUCUGGGUGUGUGCGAGUGGAUGGAUGGGAGGAAGUGCUCAUUAAAAAAUAGUAUUCCGCAAGAUAAUUAUUUGAUUCUAUCAUUUGAAGGGUGUAAGCUGAAGCAACGCCAAAGGAAAAGAGAAAAGUUUCGUGUAUGAUACAGUGAAUUGAAAGCAAAUCGAAAAUGUGUUGCAAAAGUAUGCUAAAAGCUAGCGGCAGAUGAUGGUUCGAGCGAAAAGAGCAUGCUAAUGGUAGCGCACAGAAGCAACGUUACGUCCGUUACGGCGGCGUAACGGAAGAUGCGCUUUAGUUUCGCAAACAUCUUUCGACCCGUGCGUCUCUGCCGUCUACGUGUAUGUGUACUUAUGCGUCCAUGUGUAGAAGUGUGUAAUAUGAUGUGUGGCAAGUGUGUGUAAGUGUGUGUUGGUAAAGGAAGAAUCCAAUAGUGUGGUGUGUGUGUAUGGGUGAGCUGUGCUGUGCGCGCACACAUUCUUCCAGUGUCGUCCUGUCAACCUGUUUUGACGUUGAUUCGCCGCUAUCGCCGCUUGGCUGCGGCCGGCAGUGGUAUAUUUUUCCGGUCAAAGGAACCGCCGGAGUUUUCGCUUAGUGUGUGUGUGCGUGCGCGCGUGUGCGAUAGUGAAGGCGUGCAGUGAAAAACAUUUUCCAUUGCGCUGCAAUACGAAAACAGAGAAAACGAUUGAAAAGGAGCCGUCUGCCGGUCGUUGAAAAGGAUCUUGGCAAGGAUAGUUUCGCCGCCUGUCCUUCCUCAGUAAUGCUGUGUUUGUCUUGCAAUCAACUCGACUCGUAUGUGUUUUGGUGUAGUGUUGGCAUGCAUUGAAUGGACUCUUCUCACCGGUGCGUGACAAGCCUUCGAUUUGCGAGUACUGCAAAGUUUCAAGGCCUCUUACCCGCAAAAUCGAGUUAGGACGGUUGAACAUCAUCAUCGUAUGCUUUACGCGAAUGAUUUAUCGUGCACGUCCAUUAUCCGUCGUGGAUAACAACGCAGAACUUGUUAAUGUAGCACCUAUCACGGUCAACAGAAACCCCCGGCACCCGCCAUAGCCCUUGGCAAAAUCUAAACAAAUGCUCAACAUUGAAGGUUUGGUGACCGUUCCACAGUAGCAGAUUGCUCGGCCUUGUUUUCGUCCCAGUGUGCGAGUGAAAAUGGCACGCAGAGAAGAUGACCCCAUCUCUGGCUUUUGCAACGUCACAGCAGCCCUGAGCCUUACCGAUAACGAUUGUGUGGCUACAGGAGGCUUGUUCGCCGACAGAUGCCGGACGAGUAAUUAUAGUCACCGUCAGCACGACCGCACGAAAGUAGCUUAUUCUUCAGCACACCGGAUCGCCGCUGUCGCAUUUCCAUCGGGUUUGAUCGUGUUGGGAGCACAGCAUUGUGACACACCGUUUUCCAGCAACUUCUGCUAUACUUCAAGCUUUGGUGCGAGGGAUAUGUGAACCUGCGAGUUAAAAAAAAGUGUGAUAAUGUGUGAUUUGUUAUCCAUUGACUGAAAUACUCUUCGUCUACCGGUAAAAAGUAAAGUAACACAUGCAAAGAAGAGCGCAAUCUAUAUGCAGCAAAGACUUGUUUGAAGUAAUAAUGAGUAAAACGCAAUACUCUCUGGAAGUUCUAGAAAGAGGGCAUUUUCCAUGUGCACAAGUGAAAGAUAAGGUUCGUGGAUAUUAAGUGAUAUCGGCAAGGAAGAUAAGCGUAGGUGCAUUGACGACAUUGCUAUCACGAGCACACAGCUGCGUUAAUGUGCCAGUAGUACAUAGUCGAAUAGUAAAGUAAUUAAGUGCUGAUACUGUGUAGAUGUGCGAAUAGCCACACCCCACAGUCAUCUGGAUGAGCAAAGGUGUAUAUGAUAGUGUACCGUAAAGCUGGGUAUUCUGAAACUGUGUAACUAGUGGACCAAGAUACCUGUAACUGUUUUCCAAAAUGUCGUUCCUAAACAACUUGAAGAAGGUGUUCCACCUGGGCAGCGGAGAGGCGAAGAAGAAGCGCAUCUUCAACAACAUCCGCAUGGACACAGAUCCGGCCGAUUUCUGGGACAUGAUCGGUGAGCUGGGCGAUGGUGCGUUUGGCAAGGUGUACAAGGCACAAAACAGGGAGACGAAACAGCUGGCUGCGGCUAAGAUGUGCACACUGGAGGAUGAGGAAAAUCUGAGCGAUCACAUGGUUGAGAUUGACAUCCUGUCCGAAAUUAAGCAUCCAAACAUUGUCGGUUUGUAUGAAGCAUUCUCGAUCGACGACAAGCUGUGGAUGCUGAUAGAAUAUUGUGAUGGUGGUGCCUUAGAUAGUAUUAUGGUGGAGCUGGAGAAACCACUCACCGAGGCGCAGAUUGCUUACGUAUGCAAGCACAUGUGCGCCGGACUGAACCAUUUACACAAGAACAAGGUGAUACACCGGGACUUGAAGGCCGGCAACGUGCUGCUGACAAUGGACGGUGGCGUUAAACUGGCGGAUUUCGGCGUUUCGGCCAAGAACAAGCACACGAUGCAAAAGCACGACACGUUUAUCGGGACGCCCUACUGGAUGGCACCGGAGCUGGUGCUGUGCGAAACGUUCCGGGACAAUCCGUACGACUUCAAGGUCGACAUUUGGUCGCUCGGUAUAACGCUGAUCGAGUUUGCUCAGAUGGAACCACCGAACAGUGAAAUGUCUCCGAUGCGAGUGCUGCUCAAGAUACAGAAAAGUGAACCACCCAAGCUGGAUCAACCAUCGAAGUGGUCGAAACACUUUAACGACUUUCUAGCGCGCGCGCUCGUAAAGGAUCCACAGCAAAGACCGUCGACGGAGGUGCUGAUGGGAUUGUCGUUUAUUAGUGGUAAUCUAGACUCGAAGCCUAUCAAAGAUCUGCUGCUCGAGUACAAGGCGGACGUGGUAGAGGAGGAACUGGUGGACGAGGAAGCGGAGAAGGCUAAACGACAAGCGAAGCGCAGAUCGCUCUAUCAGAGGGAACCCCGCAAUUCUGCUCUUCCGCUCGACUUGGAUGAUGAUUCUUCUUCCCUACAGAGUCAAGAAACUGAUAAGCUUCCAGAUACACCCACGUCCCUUUCGAAAUCAUCCAGAGAUUCGAAAGAGUCUACUCCCGUUCCCACCACCGAAGAUGAUCCCAGCAAAUCGAAGAUUGGGCCGGCGCCGACUACUGUCGGAGCGCCAGGUUCAGCAGGCGCGGCACCGCUGGAGGCACCGCCGCCUAGUGUAGAUACAAAAACGGAAAUGAAAAAAUCCCAACCAGCGCCUUCACCCGCGCCACCGCCGGUCGUUGCUUCGCCGGUCAGUGCAGAGGGCACACAAGAAACAACCAUCAAAACAUCGUCCUCCUCAUCGAACAUCAGUGGGGGAGCGGUUAACGUUCCCACGCCGGUGUUACCCGUGCCUAAAGAAACUGUCCCUGAACAACCAUCCACGGGAGAGCUACAUGCAGAACCACCGGGUGGAGGCAAUGAGCAGAGAAAAAUCGCGGCUGCAGGUGGUACAUCCAGCACUGCCGCCGUCAAGAAAGGACCUGCACCUCCACCACCGCAAACGCCAACUUCUCCCACGGGACGACAAACUUCGGCGAAGCUCACAAUCGGUGGUUCCGUGGCAAAGGAUGUCGUGCCGCCAACGCCACCAGAAACGCCACAAACACCGCCGGCGGGUGAACCGCCAGCAAAGGCUCUCGAUCGACCGGAUGCAACGGGACUAGGCGGUACAAUGCCACCACCGCCUCCGGCACUGAUGCGAAUGGGAAGCAGUGGUGUGAUUGAAGAGCAGACGAAGUCUCCCCGCAAGGAACAUGCACCGACGCCACCGUCCGAUAAAGAGAGCCCCAAGGCAUCGACGCCGCCGGGUGCAAAGCCGACGAUAAAUGUUCACGAGCAUCCUUCGUCGCCGAAGACAAAUCAAGCCUUCGCUAUGUCUAGUACUAAUAAUGUUGCCAUUCCGAGGGCGGUGCAUCCGCCUUCAUCCCUGGUAGAGGAGGGAGGAGUUGACGAGGGAGUUAAAAUGAUUACCACCACCUCAACGCCCUCAACAGUACGCAAUCAGUUGCCUCAUCAUGCCACCUUGAUGAAUACCUCCUCAUCCUCCUCAACGACAUCCAUCACCAUCAACGAUGCGGCUGUGCUGUCCGAUCCUUCCAACAGUUUGGCAAGCAACGUGGCGCAGGUGACGGUCGUCACGAGCCAUCCACCGGUAAUAAUUGAUAAUUCAAUUCCAUUGCCACCGGCAGCGGUUGCAGCAGCCUCUUCUGGUACUUCAUCGUCUGCAUCCUCGACGAAGUCGUUCGGUUCGUCUCAGCUACGGCGUUCGCGUGUCAUAUCUCCACCGGGUACCGGAGCCCACGAUGAGGUGGUUAUCGUGUCGAAUGAGCUAAACAAAACGCACGUUAACGAAUCGUCGACCGAUGACGACUUUCAGUCGCUGGACAGUCUAGAGAACGUUUCACCGCGGCACCAUCCUAUUCGAACACCUUCACAGUCGGCCGCAGGUGGGCGAGCGAUUGCACGAAAGCUGGACGAAAGCGAGGUGCUUAUCGUCAGCUCGGGAUAUGAUGAUCGCCACGAAGUGCUUCUCGUGGAUGAUACAAACGCUAGCUCACCCGAUCGGGAUGUGGAUGCGUACGGCGAUGGGGAUGUGUUCAACGCUAGCGGACACAAUCUACUAAACAACAGCAGCAAGUUGUUGCUGGACACUAGUCAUGUAUCGGUGGUGACGGUUGGCGAGGAGGAGAUCAAGGUGAAGGACUCCUCGCAACAUCAUCCGCAGCUGAUCAACAAUCCGCAUGCGUCGUCACCGCAUCAUUAUCACCACGACUCCACCAGUGAUUUGUCCAACGUUAGCUGUGGUCCGAGCGAAUCGAGUGAUGACGUCAAGGUGGAUAUUGUGGUCGGCGGGCGGCAGCAGCCAUCUCAUCAGCAGCAGCAGCAUCCACAGCAACGAUCGCCAUCCGGUUCCUCGAUUUCGCUGCCAAGCCAAACGGGUAAAGGUGGUGCUAGUGGUGGAGGAAUUAUCAAUGGCAAUAGAUAUAAUGGUGGCAGUGAAUUCCAUCAGAGUCGUGAGGAUGUCAGUAUCAUUGUGAAUAAGCGCAAGAUAGAAAAGUCUCGGAUUUCACCAGACAGUAGCGUCGGUUCGCUCGAAGGCGGUGGUUCGGUACGUUCCGCCAGUACGCCUAUUCAUCAGAACCAUCAGCAGCAUGGUAGUGCCGCUGGUGGCAUGGUGAUCGGUGGUAAUCAUCAUCAGCGGACGGGUAGCAGUGGAACGACUCCAUUAGCAGUAUCAGCGAAGCAUCAUCUGUACGAUCGAAGCGAUGCGGAUAGCAUUGCAACCACCACUAGUCACGAUAGUCGCGAGCAUGCAUCGGUAGAGCUGGAAGAAGAAGUAACACUCCGACGAAAGCCAAUGCCCUCACUAGACCUCGACGACGAUAAGGUACCUGUCUUGGCAGCUGGGGCGACUUCGUCCGGAUCAUCGACCUUGGUCAGUAGCAGUGCCGGUGGCAAUGCUCCGGCAACAGCCACGGCUGGAACUCCCGGUGCUGCUGGUGGUGUGGCCGCUGCUGCUGGAACAGGAGCAGCCGCAGCCGGUGGCAACGGUACGGCCGGCAUUCGGCAGAAAGCCAACCGCAAUAUUAGCAAGGAGGAAUUGCACCUACAAAAUCUGAAAAAGAAAACGCGAAAACGAACGCGCAAAUUUGAGAUCGAUGGGGUACAAGUAACGACCACAACCAGCAAGGUGAUCUACAGCGAUGAGGAUAACAACAAGCUGUACGACGAUCAUCUGUUCCGCAAGCAGGAGCUGCGCGAGCUCAAGAUGCUGCAGAAGCAGGAGAAGAAACAGUUCUAUGACCUGCAGGGUAAAGAAGCGAUCGCCAAAGAGCAGCAGGAGAAGAAGUUCGAGCAGGAACGGCUACAGCUAGAGCGUACGUUCGAGGCCGACAUGGACGUGCUAGCCCGUCAGCACCGGCAGACGGUGGAGAAGUUUGAACAGCAGCAGGAAGCGGAAUUGCGCAACACGUCCAAAAAGAUCCGAGCCGAACAGGAGCGAGACCUGAAACUAUUCCGAGACAGCUUGAAACAGGAGAUACGAUUGUUAAAGCAGGAGGUGGAUCUACUGCCGAAGGAAAAACGAAAAGAUGAAUUCCGUAAGCGGAAAACGCAGAUGGAGUUCGAACACGAGGAACGUGAAAAGUCGUUUCUAUCGUCGCUAUCGGAAAAUCACGAACUUGCUCUGCGGCGGAUUAGUGAAAUCUACCGCGAAAAGCUGUCCGCUACCGACAAGGGUUAUCUGCAGCAAAAGCAAACGGCGAUGAGAACCCGGGAAGCGAUGCUGUGGGAGCUGGAGGAAAAACAUAUCCACGAUAAGCAUCAACUGGCGAAGCGUCAUGUGAAGGACAUUUGUUUCAUGCAACGGCAUCAAAUGAUUAUUCGGCACGAGAAGGAAUUAGAUCAAAUCAAACGCAUGAUCACCCGGAAAGAAGAGGAACUGUUGAAACGACAGACGAUCGAACGGCGAGCACUGCCAAAGAGAAUACGCGCAGAGCGAAAGGCUCGCGAUAUGAUGUUCCGUGAGUCGUUACGCAUUUCUAUGACCACUGAUCCGGAGGUAGAGCGGGACAAGCUGAAAAAGUUCCAAGAGCAAGAGAAGAAGCGAUAUAACCAAGAGCAAUUGCGAUUUGAAACCAAGCACAGUAAGCAACUUGAAGAACUUAGAGCUACCUCAGAAGGAUCUAUUAGGGAACUGGAGCAGCUGCAAAACGAAAAACGUAAACAACUGCUUGAACAUGAAACAGCAAAACUUCGCGAAUGUGACGAAGCGUUGCAGAAGGAGUUACGUGAAUGGAAGGCGCAGCUCAUGCCCCGCAAACAGCGUCUCGAGGAAACGUUUGCCCAGCAGCUGGAAGAGAUGGAACAGUUGUACGGCAACAGCCUGGUACCGAUGCCACCGCAAUCCCCGCAAUCGCACGACCCGCACCACCCGCACGUCCACCAUCACCAUCUGCUGCAGGUCGGAGGGUCGACGAGGAGCAGCAUUUCUUCAUAUUCCGAUGGAUUGGGCGCAUGACAGGGGGCGGCGGGCUUCAGGGCACGGUACAACAGUAUCAGCGGCAGCGGAACCGGAAUGAGCGGCGGUGGUGCCGGUGCGAGCAGCAGCAACAGCAGCAUCGGCCACAGCAGCUACCGGAACAGCAGCAGCUAGUAGUGUGGUCGAUCGAGGAGGGCAACUGUUUGCUGCAUCUCUGCUAAUGCAAGCGAUAAGCGUUGCCCAAACAUUCCUUCGAAAGAGUGUCCCCAGAAGUUCUGCCAACCUAAUAUAAACGCGAGAGCGUUAGGAGAUAGGCGCCCUAUGAAUGCGAAAGGCGAGAUUCAAUAAGGUAGUUUUUUUUAAACAAAAAAUAAUGUAGCAAUCAUGCAAAAGCAGCGCCAGCAAAAACAGUAGCUAAUUAUUGUGCGCGUGCGCGCUGAACUAUUGUACAAUCUAACCAACCCUAAUAUCAAAACUUCACUGAAGCCACAAAUAGGAUGAAGCUACGUCUCGUGAGUAGCACAGAUUCAUAAAAGCAAUGUGUUGUAGAAGCGAUACGGUUUGAGAGCGAAAGCGGGGAAGGAGGAGAGAAUAAUUUAGGUCGUAACGUACCUACAAUAGUUGUAUUAUAUGGAAGAUUGCUUUACACAAAUAUUGCACAUAAUUCCCCGCUGCUCUUUAACUGGAACUCGUUCAGGUAGAAAAAAAAAGAAGUACGAAAGACUAGCGAAGUAGAAGUUUUUGUUACACGGUGUACAUUUUUAUUGGUUAGUGUUAGUAUCAUUAUUUCAAUCGCUUAAUUUGUCACAUAUGGCCGUACAUUUGAACGCUUAUUGUGGCAUAGAUAGAACAGCAAAAAGGGAAAGCUCCCGCCAGAAGAAGACCGCCAAGAGUUGCAUCUACCAAAACUGUAAUUUAAUUGUACCGCAAGCUGGAAUAAUGCCACUAGUGUUGUGUGUGUACAGGAUAAGCGUAAAGCUCAAUUUUUCACCGCCGCGCGAUCGAGCGAUCACGAGACAUAGCUUAGCAAGUUAUCGCAUGUGUUAGAGAUUGUUUCUUCCUGUAUUAGUGUGUAUACAAUAAUAUUACACCGCAACGAACAUGCUGACGUUGUUGUUUGCCAAAACCGUUUUUAAUACUUUUAACCAAGUAGUGCAGUGUCUAUUGUUUAUAACGUAUAUUUCUCCCUAACCGCAACAGCGGAACGUGCGUAUUGUGAGACCCUUCAUAAUCGCCCCAUAAUCGUGACUAUUUCGCCGGGUUGCGUUUAUGCGAUUUCUUCUUCCAGUAGCAGUUAAGGAUGAUGCGUAGAAGAAGCUGAUCGAGAUACGAUAGAAAGUUUGCAAAGAACAAUGCUACAGCUUACGUUUAGCCUAGAAGCUGUGUUGCAGUGAAUUCUUUUGAUUCAUCGCAUCUCACAUAUCUAGCAUUGGUUGUUUAUCUUCUUCUUAAUUAAUAAAUAGGUUGUGUAUCAUAAUUUCGUUACAAAAUAUUGGCAGCGAUCCCAUUCAUUUUUAUUUGCCGGGGAGAAACACUGGCUCUUCCCAAGCUACUGCGCCCCAAGAUUUUGGUGCGAUCGCGAGAUCGUUAUGAUGUGUAAACAUGUAUCUAAUUUUAAUGUAAAACAUAUUUUUGCAUUGUUGUGAAUCAUUUACUUGUUUGCCGCCGCUUUCACGGUCCAGUGGGUGGUUGGUGGUGUACGCAAUAAAUGUUCUUUAUGAUGUAGAUCCUUGUAUAGUCGCAGCUAUCUUGGUAAUGUGUUCUGUGUGAACAUAAGCUGUUUCUGUUAUGUCUCCUACCCUGAAUUGUAAAGUCUUUCACGUGUGUACAACCCAUGUAUCGAGCAAAGAUGUUUAAUUCUGUUACAUGGGCAAACAUCAUUGCUCGUCCCAACUUCCGUUACAAUUUAGUGAACCAUUUUGUGGGUAUUUCAUUUUACCAUUUUAAGUAGCCUAUACUCUGUUGUACAAAAUGGUAUACAGACACAUCCACACACAUACACACUCACCUCCUUCAGGAUGAUAACGAACUACAGUGGUGUACAGUAGCCAGGUCAGGAAAGGAAUCGUAGAAUAGUCAUAAACCUAAUCAAAAUAUUGCCGCACGCCCAGGCCAAGCAAACUGCAGCAAACACACACACACACACACACUCAGACACAGGUGUGCGCUUCUGGCCAUAAGGCAAACGAUAUAAUUCGCCACUUUCUUCCACACGCUGUGUAGUCGCGGGUGGUGUGGAAAGCCAAGAUUUGAACUAAGUGAUACAACCGAAUGGAGGAUGUUUUCUUUCUCGUGAUUCUAGACACGUAUGAAUAUAUAUUGACGCAAAGGCAAGGAAGCGAAAUUUAACAAAUACAUUUAUUUAGAUAGUUUCAGUAUAGGAAUGGUUAGAGCAGCAAGAAAACACAUUUCACAGAAGUAAAGUAUGAUGUGCAGUGAAGAGAGGAAACAGAGUGAAGACGCACACGUGUGCUGUAUUGUGCACCAAGUGCUGAGGCGUGAGAUGGCAAUGAAAGGGUAAUUAUAUUGUAAUUUGCAGGUUAGAUAUCGAUUCAGAAUUAUAAUAAAAUUUCUUAUUUUUACUCUAA